AUGGGUGCGGCCUGGGCCAGCGGCAUCAACCUUUACGCGACCAUUGCGAUUCUCGGUCUGGCCGGCAACAGCGGGUACAUUGACCUACCUGAAACACUGGCGAUAGUGCAGGACCCGAUGGUCAUCAUUGCCGCUGGGUUUAUGUACUGUGUCGAAUUCUUUGCCGACAAAACGCCGGGUUUAGACACCGGCUGGGAUGCGAUCCAUACCUUUAUAAGAAUACCUGCCGGGGCAAUGCUGGCUGCCGGUGCUGUGGGUGACGUGACCCCCGCACUGGCGGUUGCAGCGGGCCUGGUUGGCGGUACGGUGACCGCGGCCACCCACGCUACAAAAGCAGGUACGCGGGUGCUCAUCAAUACCUCUCCUGAACCCUUCAGCAACUGGGGUGCCUCCCUUGCUGGAGACCUCGCCGUGUUUGCUGGUCUCUGGGCCGCGUUAAGUCAUCCCGUACUGUUCCUGAUUGCGUUUGUGCUGUUUCUCGGCCUGAUGAUCUGGCUGCUGCCAAAGCUGAUGCGAGGUAUCGCUGCUGUGGGCCGCAAAGUCGGUCGCCGCUGGUCGGUGCCGGCACAGGUAUUUGCACAACCUCUGGAACUUUAUGCCGGCGCGCGCUUGAGCCGCGCAGAACUCACCAUUGAACUGGAGCGCCUCGGUUAUAAGCGACACGCCAACCUGCCACAUCCGGGCACAUUCAAGUCACCAGGGAACGAAUUACAGAUUUAUCUGCGCAGCUUUGACUUCAUGGAGCGACACCGAGAUGCGCAGCGCAUUUCGGUCGCCUUCGCCGGCAAACGCAUCACCAGAAUAAACGGCGAAAGCGGGGAUAUUCCGCUGUUAAGAUUAGACCCUGCAACCAUCGGCAGCUUCUUUCCCAGCCACGGCGAAGACCGCAUCAUUCUGUCGCCGGAACAGGUACCACCGCUGUUAUCCGAAGGUCUGAAAGCGGUUGAAGACCGUAAUUUUGAUGAGCAUGCAGGAUUCAGCAUCCGCGGCAUUGCUCGCGCCUUCAUGGUGAAUCUACGCGCCGGCGAGCGCCAGCAGGGUGGCAGCACCUUAACUCAGCAGUUGGUUAAAAGUUAUUUUCUCGACAACCGCCGAACCAUCGAGCGCAAACUCAAAGAAGUUGCUAUGGCGAUCAUCCUCGAUGCGCGCUUUUCCAAGGAAGAUCUGUUAACCGCCUACAUCAAUGAAAUAUUCCUCGGACAAAAUGGUUCUCGCGCGGUGCAUGGAUUUGGCCUGGGUGCGCAGUUCUACUUCAACAAGCCAUUAGCUGAGCUUGAAAGCGACGAGAUCGCAACGAUGAUUGCGAUCAUCCGCGGUCCAUCUUUCUACAAUCCGUUUCGUCAUCCUGAGCGCGCGCUCGAACGCCGCAAUCGUAUUCUUGCCACCUUCGAAAGUGACGGCUUGAUAGAUACCCAGCAGCUGACCACCGCGCUGGCCCAACCCUUGGGCGUUGUCGCCAGUCCCACCAGCGGUGGCGCCUACUACCCGUCGUUUAUGGAUCAGGUGCGCACCGAGCUUAAAGAUCAGUAUGACCCCGAGGCGCUCUCCUCUGCAGGUCUGCGCAUCUUCACAACCAUCAAGCCCCACCAGCAGGAGGCCGUGCAGCGCGCGGUGAGCAACACGCUGAAUCAGAUUGAAGGUGAUCGACAGAUCGAGCCAGGCACUUUACAGGCAGCUGCAGUAGUGGCAGACAGCCAGACCGGUGAAAUACACGCUCUGGUGGGUGGCCGCAAAGGCCGGGUGGAUGGGUUCAACCGCGCUCUAAACGCGCAGCGUUCAGUUGGCUCGCUGAUUAAACCGGUUGUGUACCUCACCGCCAUAGAAUCCGGCAUGCACCUGGGCACAAUCAUAAAAGACGAGCCGAUUACCAUUGAACCUGAAUUUGGCGACGUCUGGGCACCUAAGAAUUUCAACGGUGAAUACACCGGCGAGCUGCCGAUGAUCCGGGCGCUGGCGGAAUCAUCUAACCUGGCGACUGUGCACCUUGGUAUGCAGGUGGGGUUGCCACUCAUCCAACAGCGGUUCCGGCACCUCAUCGGUCACGUGCCACAGAAUCAGUACCCCUCAUUCCUGCUCGGCGCCGAAGCGCUGUCUCCGCUGGCUAUGCUUGAGCUGUAUGGGAACUUUGCAUCCGGCGGUUUCCGCACACCACCCAAGGCCGUUAUUGCGGUGCUGGACGAGCGCGGGCAGGCGUUAACUCAUCACCCGUUUGAGUUGCAACAAACCAUUGAGUCCCGGCAUGCGGCAACCAUUAACCGCGCCCUGGAAAUUGCCAUGGCUAAAGGUACGGGCAAAUCUUCACCCUAUGCCAGACGCGGUGUGGCAGGGAAAACCGGCACCUCUAACGACAAUCGCGACAGCUGGUUUGCCGGUUUUGACAACAGCCAUGUCUCUGUCGUCUGGGUCGGUAGAGACGAUAACGCGGUUACCGGGCUGACCGGCGCAUCAGGCGCUUUGCGAAUCUGGAACGGCAUGGCGCGACAGGACGGUAUUGAUCCGCUCACGCACGCGCCCAGUGCAGACCUGGUCGACAUAGAAUUCAGCAGCGGCUUACGCGCCAACGCCGAAUGCGCUGAAGUGGUGAAUGUGCCUAUUCCUGACUAUGAGAAUCUGCAAACCAAACCCGGCUGCCGCAUCAAUUCCGGCGGUGGCUUACGACGCUGGUUUGGCAGUCAAUAA